AUGGCAGGCAUCUUCGAGCAAUCCCGGAAUGCUGGCACACUCUUCCUCGGCGGCCAAAAGAUCUCGGGCGCAGACAUCAGAGACCAAAACGUGCUGGCAACGCAAGCCAUCGCCAACAUCGUCAAAUCGUCUUUCGGCCCUGCCGGACUGGACAAGAUGAUGGUGGACGAUAUUGGUGAUGUGACGGUGACCAACGAUGGUGCGACCAUCCUGAGCUUGCUGAGCGUGGAGCACCCGGCGGGCAAGAUCUUGGUGGAUCUGGCCCAGCAGCAGGACAAGGAGGUGGGCGAUGGCACGACUAGUGUUGUUCUCAUUGCGGCAGAGCUGUUAAGGAGGGCAAACGAGCUGGUCAAGAUGCGCAUCCACCCCACCACCAUCAUCACAGGCUACAGGCUGGCUCUGCGCGAGGCGGUGCGGUAUAUGAACGAGAACGUGAGCACAAAGGUCGAGACGCUCGGACGGGAGAGCUUGAUCAACAUUGCCAAGACGAGCAUGUCCAGCAAGAUUAUUGGUGCUGAUUCCGACUUCUUCGCAAACAUGGUCGUGGACGCGAUCACAAGCGUGAAGACAACCAACGUCCGUAAUGAGGUCAAGUAUCCCGUGAAGGCAGUGAACGUCCUCAAGGCACACGGCAAGAGUGCUACCGAGUCAGUCCUGGUCAAGGGUUACGCUCUCAAUUGCACAGUCGCCUCGCAAGCCAUGCGAACACGAGUCACCGACGCCAAGAUCGCCGUGCUCGACAUGAACCUGCAGAAGGAGCGCAUGAAGAUGGGCAUUAAUGUCGUCAUCGACGAUCCAGCACAACUUGAGAAGAUCCGCGAGCGAGAAUCAAGUAUGGUCAUUGAGCGGAUCGAAAUGAUCCUAAAGACCGGUGCGAACGUCGUCUUCACCACAAAGGGCAUCGAUGAUCUGUGCUUGAAGCACUUUAUCGAGAAGAAUGCCAUGGCUGUACGCAGAUGCAAGAAGGAGGAUCUGAGGCGGAUAGCCAAAGCUACGGGGGCGACUAUGGUCUCCACGCUUGCCGACAUGAACGGUGACGAGACCUUUGACCCGAAGAACUUGGGCCAGGCUGAAGAAGUGGUGCAGGAGCGAAUCAGUGAUGAUGAGUGCAUUCUUGUCAAGGGCCCUAAGGUGCACACAGCUGCUUCGAUCAUUUUGCGUGGCGCGAACGAGUACAGCCUGGAUGAGAUGGAGCGGUCUGUGCACGAUUCCCUUUCGGCUGUCAAGCGCACGCUCGAAUCGGGCAGGAUAGUACCUGGUGGUGGUGCUGUCGAGACAGCACUUCACAUCUACCUCGAAGAGUGGGCGACCAGUGUUGGCUCAAGAGAACAACUAGCCAUUGGCGCGUUCGCCGCCUCCCUGCUCGUCAUCCCCAACACUCUCGCCGUGAACGCCGCAAAAGACAGCUCCGAACUCGUCGCUCAACUGCGCUCCCGCCACGCACUCUCCCAGCGCACCGCCGAGCCUGCACCCCAAAAACACGCCAACCCAAACCAGCCCCCAAACCAACAACAAGCCCAGCAACAAACACCCAACGGCACGUCUCGUCCAGCCUCUUCGGCCCCAGGCGCACAACCCCAGCGAGUGCCCCACCAGCCCAUGGCCGCAGACUCCCCCGAUGCGAAAGCUCUGGCCAAGGCGAAGGGGUACAAGAACUACGGGCUCGAUUUAUCAAAGGGCAAAGUCCACGAUUGUUUGAAAGCGGGCGUGCUUGAGCCAAGCAUGAGUAAAGUGAAGCAGUUGAAGAGUGCGGUCGAGGCGUGUGUGGCUAUCAUGAGGAUUGAUACGCUCAUUAAGCUGGAUCCGGAGCAGAGAGGCGGUGGCGAGGAUGAUGGACAUGGGCACUAG